AUGGGCACUAAACUCUCUUGGACUCCAGUAACUAAUGAGAUUGCAGUCAAUCAGUACACAAAGCGUGAGUACGCUCAUAUUAUUGUCUUCCGAAUAGAUACUUCCGGUCGUAUUCCUUGUCCUGAACACGCUUGGAAACCCCGCCUGGCGGCCAAAGCCACUUUUGCCGAGGAGGACAUGCUGGCCAGGCGGUACAUUUGGCGCUGUUGUUCUCGACGGAACAAGCAGAUGCAAUCGGCAAUGCGUCAGCUGCGUGCUGCCGGUUACCGAGCACCGAAUCCAUUCAAUAGGGAAUACGAACUGAUCACAAUCGGCGACUAUUCACCAGAUGCACGACAUAAGCACCUGGGUGAAUUGUUCGGUGCUCCUCAGAAAGACAAACUCUGUGUGUUCCGGUACGCCACAUGGCAGUUCUGGAAAUCGAAAUUCUACGAAUGGCAUCACUUGUGGAUCGAACGAAUGAGACGUAAAACAGAAGAGUUGUCCAUCGAUCCGGAACCGGCACAACCAACAAUGGCGAUCGAAGAAGGUGAGGCAAACCCGGCCCAGAGUUCGGUCCUCGUAUCCGAUUCCGUCAAACAGGACGGCCCAAGCUCCACAGUACCAUUGCCUAGGGAUUUUGUACCGGGCACAGUGAUACAGGUAAACUGUUUUUCAUUUUUGAUUGUGUUGUCCACGGUGCUUUAG